AUGGGUGUGUUUGACCUACAAGCGCGCAUUUGCAAUGACCAUUCGAACGGGUUUGACGCGAUUGCAUUGGGUCAAACGCAUGGGUCAGAGCCAGCGACCAAGCAAACCGCGGCCAGAAGACACAAAAUCGACGACUUGCUGAGUGGUGCACGCCACCAGUUUCACUUUGACAUGCCUCCCAACUCGACCAUCACAGACGACGAGUACGAUGAGAUCACGUCGUACGUGAAAAAUGACCACGAGCACUAA